AUGAAAUUCAGUAAUUCUAUAAAUUUAAAAGAUAUAAAAAAAAAGAAAAAAAAAAAAGAAAAAAAUAAACAAAAACAAAAACAAGAAAAUGGAUAUUUUAUAUAUGAUAAUGAAGAAAUAGAUAAAAGUAACGAAAAAAAACACAGUAUUAAAAAAGUAGAAAAUAAUGUCCAAAUGAAUCAAGAAGAUUUAUUAUUAUAUAUAUUAGAUAUGAAUAAAAAAUAUAUAGAAGAAAAUGAAAGAAUGAAAAUCAAUGAUGUAAAUUUAAACUCAUAUAUUAUUAUAGAGGACACAUAUAAUAAAAGAGAAAUGAAAACAUAUUAUGAACUUUAUAAUCUUACAAAAUAUAAAAAUGUUGAUAAAAAUUAUGAAAAAAAUAAUUUAAUCAAUUUUUAUAAUGAUCAAAAUGUUUGUUAUUAUUCAAAAAAUGAUAUUAAAGUUCAUAAGAAUGACUUAAAAAGUAUAAACAAGAAGAAUAAAAAAGAAUAUAAAAAAAAAAUAGAUGUUACUACUUCUGAUAUAUUAAAUAUAACGAACAUAAAGUGGAAGAAUGGUUUAUCUAAAAAUUAUUUAUUUGAAUGUUGUAAUAGUAUUGAUGGAAUUGAUUUAAACAUCCACAAUACUGAUUUUAUUGAAAUACAAGAUAUAUUUGAUGAAAAUAGAUUAAACAAAAUAAAAAACAAAAGUUUUUGCUUUUAUAGAAAUUUUAAAAUUAAAAGAAAAAAAAAAAGCAAAAAUAUAAUUAAUUGUGAAAGUAUCAAAAAUAAAAAAGAAGACAAAAAUAAUUGUGAAAUAGAAAAAAAAAAUUUUAAUUAUAAUAUUAAAAAUUACAAUAUAAAAAAAAAGAAAGAGGAAUUUUUUUUUUCAGAAUUAGAAAAUGAAAAUGAUAAAAAAUAUAAUAAUGUAAACAAUAUUGAAAAUGAUGAAAGUUAUAUUAAUAAAGAAGAAAUUAAUUUUUCCGAAAAAAUAAAUGAUUUAAUAGAUUUAAAGGAAAACAAAAGCUCCAUUGAACAGAUAAAUUCAAAGAGUCAUUCUUCAGAUGAUUUUAUUAAUUUAGAUAUUGACAAAGAAUUUAAUUUUAAUGAUGAAAGUAAAAGUGAUAACAUAGAAGAAGGAAUAGAAAUAGGAGAAAGUGAAAAAGAGAAUAAAAAAGAAAAUUUAAAUAUAUUAAGUAAUAUAAAAGAACAGUCGGAUAAUAUUUUUUCUGAUUUUUCCUUUGAUUGCAAUAAUUCAGAGGAAGAUAAUAAAAUAAAAUCAAGUAAAACAAAAAAAAAAGAGAAAUUAGAUAAUAUAAAACAUGAUAAACUAAAAUCAAAUGAAGACUUAAGUGAAAAGUAUGAUUUUAAUAAUAAUGAUAGAAUUAUAGAAUUAAUAGGUGAUGAUGAUAAUGAUUUGGAAGAAAAUAUAUUUGAUGAAAAUUAUGCAUUUUCAAAAAAUAAAAAUCAAAACAAAGAUUUUGAAAAUGAAGACAAUAAUAUAAAUUUAAAGGAGAAUAAUGGUGGCUUUACAAAGAUAAAUGACUUGUUUAAUAAUAAUUACAGUAACUUGGAUGGAAAAGAAAUAAAAAAGAAAAAUUCUUUAUUAUAUGAUUCUAAUUACGAUGAGAAGAAUGAUUUAAUUGAUGAUCAAAAUAAUAUAGAUAAUUUAAAUAAUAUAAAUUUGCAUUCAAAUGAUGAAAAAGAAAUUAUAAAAGAUUUUAAUUUAGAUAAAAGAAGAAAUGAUUCAUUGAAUAAUAUAUAUUCAUAUGGAAACUACGCUAACAAAAAAAAUGAUUUUUAUUUCCAUGAAGAAAAUGAUGAUAAAAGUAAAAAGGAUAAAAAUGAAUAUGAUUUUUUUAAGAAUAUAUAUACAGAUUAUAAAAAUUACCCUCUUUAUAAUGAACUUAAUUUAUUUGGUUAUAACAUUAUAAACAAUAUAUAUAUUUUUAUGUUAUUAAAUUAUAAAUAUAUUCGUAAUUACAACUAUAAUAAUUAUAUAUAUCCUUUGAAUACUGAAGAUUAUUCAGAAUAUAUUUUUAAAAAUAAAUAUUCUGAUAAAAAUAUUUUAUAUGAUGAAAAUAUUAUAAAUGAAAUUUUUAGUUUAAAUAACAAGAACUCUUUAAGUGAAGAUGAUAAAAAAAAAAGAAAAAAAAAGACAAAAAAUGAGUAUGACAAUGUAAUAAUAAAUGAUGAUGAAUAUAAUCAUAAAGAUGAUGAAUGUUCUGUUUCCAUGUUAUCUAAUCAUAAUUUUCAUAUGAUUAAUAAUAAUUCAUCUAAUUUAAUAAAUAAUGAUUUAUUUUAUAUGAAUAUAAGAAAUUAUGUAGAUAACAUUAAUGAAAAUUAUGAAGAUAAUAUUUAUUUAGAUAAUUUUGCAACUAUAAUGAAAGACCUAAAUAUAAAUAAUAUAAGAAGAGAAAAUAAAAAUACAAUUUUGCAAAGAAUAAACAGAAAUUUAUUAUUUGAAUUAAAAAAAAAUAAUCAUAUUUCUUAUAUUUUGAAAAAUUUAUUUUUAAAAGAAAAAU